CUUGACUGUGUCAACUUCCAGGACGUAAGAAACAUCAUCAUGACUCGAUACUCGGUGGAUCCACAGAACUCGGCAAAGUCAUGCAAGGCUCGAGGCUCACACCUCCGUGUUCACUUCAAGAACACGCAUGAAACAGCUAUGGCGAUCAAGCGUAUGAAUCUGCAGAGAGCACAGAGAUAUCUGAAGGCUGUCAUAGAAAAGAAGGAGAUCAUACCAUUUAGGCGUUUUAAUGGAGGUGUAGGAAGGAAGGCACAGGCGAAACAGUUCGGCACAACUCAAGGUCGUUGGCCAAAGAAGAGUUCAGAGUUCCUGUUGCAAUUGCUAAAGAAUGCAGAGAGCAAUGCAGAGCAGAAGGGCCUCGACGUAGAUCACCUUUUCAUCGAGCACAUUCAGGUUAACCGAGCUCCACAGAUGAGGCGUCGUACGUACAGAGCCCACGGUCGCAUCAACCCGUACAUGAGCAGUCCGUGCCACAUCGAGGUCAUUCUCGCCGAGAAGGAGCAGAAUGUUGCGCCGGCAAAGUCUACAUAAUUGUCACGCUUGUAUACAUGUGUAUGUCGCAGUGGGUUGGUAAAAUAAAUUGAUGAAAAAAAGAAUGCGUCAGAGUU